AUGAAGUUUGGAGGGUCGAAGUACGCAGACCGAGACACGAUAGAGAAGCUCUGCAUCGCAGACGAUGUCGACGAGAUGUUCAACAAUCUCGGGAUCGGAGCAUUCAUGUACAAGCGGCACGAGUCAUACCGGAAGGCAUCAUGCCUUUUACUCGCCACCCUCGAUGUCCAUCUCUGCGCCGCCGGCAAAUACACGACUGAUGGUAGCGACGGCUACAUCUGCUUUUGGGCUACUGGUAGGAGACAGCACCUCUCCUUCAGACAGAUCGAUCGAGCGCUGUGUCUCCCUCCAAGCAACCGCCACGGGCUUGAUGUCGACAGAGACCAGAUGACAACUUUGUGGGGGACGAUCGCUUUUGGGGACUACCUCUCCUCAACGGCGAAGUCUUCCCACAUCCGGACCCCACCGAUCCGUUACUUCUACACAGCCAUCGCCAACAUACUCGUCUCGAGGCAUGCGACCAUGAAUAUCACCGAGAACGAGAUGAGCAUGAUCGCCGUGGCACUCACAGGCAUCCAACUAAGGUUGAACAACGGGACACAGCUCAGAGGAAGCAGAGCACAUGGAGGUGUCACUUGCGCGGUUGUCGACCAGCUUCAAUCUUACCAGAGCUGGGCGACCAGACACAGAGGCAUUCGUCACAAGUCUGAGUUGCAAAUGGGCGGUCUCAUCACACCUCUCCUAUUCGCUGUGGGUUUUGCACCUGAUAUGACGGAGGAUGUCGCACCACCCGAGGAGCUCGACCUCGACUAUUUGAAGAACUCCAGCUUCUUACAGAAGACACCUGCCGAUGGACCGCUUCUCUAG